GGAAGUAUAACGACUGAAACCCCCGCUAACUUUGCGCUCUUUCUAUAAACACAAACAAUCAUCUGAUCUGUUGCCAGUUUUCGUUCGUAUCACGCUUGAUUCUACAAUUCACCACUCAUCGGAAUAAUCUCAUCGGUCACCGGAGAAAGCUUCGAGUACCGGUGGAAAAACUAUUUUAGCGGCUUAGAAAGCGUCGGAAGUUUGAUUCACAAAUCCAAUGGAGACAACAUGUGUUUCUCUCAUAAAAGAGUUGCAGAAAAUAUGGGAUGAAGUGGGAGAGCCUGAAAAAAACAGGGACAAAAUGCUUCUUGAAUUGGAACAAGAAUGUUUGGAUGCAUAUCAAAGAAAAGUAGAUCAGGCAAACCGUUUUAGAGCUCAACUAAGACAAGCUAUUGCUGACUCACAAGCAGAACUUGCUUCCAUAUGUGCUUCAUUAGGAGACCGAUCUUUACCUAUUAUACAGAUUGAGCCAGGUAGUUUGAUAAAAGAACUUGCAGACAUUUUUCCACAAGUGGAAAUGAUGCAGAAGAAGAAAAAUGAGAGGAAGGUUCUGUUUACAGAAAUUUUGGAUCAAAUACAAAAUUUAUCAAAGGAACUAUUCACAUCCACAAAGGACAAAUCAUGUCUCCCGAUUCUUGAUGAAUCUGAUUUGUCCUUGACAAGACUGGAAGAACUCAAGAUUGAAUUACAUGAAUUGGAGAAGGAAAAGAGUGAUCGUUUGAAGCAAGUGUUGGACCAUUUAACUACUAUUCAUUCACUUUGUGGAGUUCUUGGGAUGGAUUUCAAAAUUAAAAUUAAUGGGAUUCAUCCCACUUUGGGAAAUCCAGGAAGCAAAAAAAGCAUAACUGAUGAUACAAUGGAGAAGUUGUCUAAUGCAGUUUGUAGGUUGAAUGAGGACAAGUCAAAGAGAUUGAAAAAGGUUCAAGAUCUUGCAACAACCAUGGUGGGGCUCUGGAAUUUAAUGGACAUAUCAAAUGAUGAGCAAAAACGAUUCCAAAAUGUCAUACGUUAUAUAGGUGCUUCAGAGAAUGAAGUCACAGAACCCAAUGCUCUCUCUUUAGAGUCCAUUAAAUUCAUCGAGUCAGAGAUUUUCAAGCUGCAAAAAUUAAAAGCAAGCAUGAUAAUGGAAGUACUCCUGAAAAGGAAGGCAGACUUGGAGCAAAUAUGCAAAGAGGCUCACAUGACUGUUGUAAUGCAUGAAGCAAUCGAUUUUUCUACUGAAACCUUAGAAUCUGGUGUAGUUGACCCUUUGUAUUUGUUAGAACAAAUAGACCUUCAAAUGUCAAAGGUGAAGGAGGAAGCUUCAGCUAGAAAAGAGAUACUUGAAAAGAUUGAUAAAUGGUUAGCUGCAUGUGAAGAGGAAACCUGGCUAGAAGAGUACAACAGGGAUCACAACCGUUAUAAUUCUGGAAGAGGGACCCAUCUCCUUUUAAAACGUGCUGAGAAAGCCCGGGCUUUGGUUCAUAAAAUUCCUGCUAUGGUUGAAACACUGCGUGAGAAAGCCAAAUCAUGGGACCAAAAAAGAGGAGUGGCAUUUUCUUACGAUGGUGUUUCUUUACUCUCAAUGCUGGAUGAUUACGACAUCCAAAAACACGAAAAGGAACAAGAACGUCAAAAGCAAAGGGAACAGAAGAAACUUCAAGAACAAUUGAUAGCUGAGCAAGAAGCACGUUUUGGGUCAAAACCAAGUCCAAUAAAGAGUGGAAAAAAGCUUAUUAAAGCAGCAAGUAUGAUGAGUAGUAGUUCUACCGAUAGACGAUAUUCAGUUGUUGGCUCAAUGCUUAAAACUCCAAAGCUUAAUCGCACUUUUUCCUCUUCUUCUUCUUCUUCUUCAAACGCUCACAAUUUACAUUACUCUCACCACAGUGGUGGUCAUGCAAAAAUCCACCCUGGCAAGAGUAAUUUGAGGAGCAUUUCAAAUGUUAAAGCAUCUAUAAAUCAACAAGAAACCCAAACCCAAACAACACCACCACCUAGAAAACCUCUUUCUCCUGUUCUUUCAUCUUUAUCCACCAAUAAUAUAAAAACCCCAACAAACACAAUGACUUUACCCACAACUCCAUCAUCAGCAUCAUCCUUAAUGAAAAUAACCAUGACUAGUACUACCCCGAAUUCAACACCUUUUGCUCCUCAUGCUGUUGAGUAUUCCUUUGAGGAGAUACGAGCUGGUCGCUUUCCUUUAAAAACCUAAGCCUAAGGUGACAUGGUGGAGCAUGGUUAAUCUUUGGUGAAGAACAAGUUUGUGGAAGGCAAAAACAAAAGUGAAGAACAAGUUUGUGGAAGGCAAAAACAAAAAGAAAGGAAGGUGCUAACUUUGGUAGUGAAGGAUAUAACCUUCAAAAAGAUUCCUAGGAGAUUGCUAUAAUUGUGAUUGAAUAUCAUGUUAUAAACUUGUGUUGUGUUUGACAUUAAUUUUGCAACGAUAAUGAUAAUAUGUGGAGUCUGUUGAG